AAAGCUACAAGUCCCUGAUUUACUCGACGUCCAUACUUCCAUUGUCACUCGUCCACUAACUUAUUCACCGACCUCGGAUAAGGCUACGCUAAACCAUAUUGAGUGUUAUCAUUCCGACGACAGACGAGACAUUAUCUUUGAAAGUGUCUUGGCCAUAAUUAAUCAUGACCUUGAUGCUGACCUAAGAUGACCCCAUCUCUCACCAAGUGACGUUGAUCAAAAGUUUACACUUGGGGUAGAAUAAAGGAGAAGUGCGCUAGUGCUAUCAGAUGUUGCUGUCAUUGCCCAAAAAUGGGGGCAUUCGAGCUUCGGGCCACAGGCUAUGAUCCCCGCGGCACAUACUAAGUCAGCCUGAGUUGCAUGUACGUUGAGCCUUUGAAAGGACCUUUGCCUAUUCUUUUCCACUGGACACUCGAAGAACAAUCGGCCUUGCUCCGCGGCCGCCAGAGGUCUGUUAUCGCAUUUUCCAACGGACACCCGACCGAUCGGCCAAAAUGGGUUCUAUCGACGUCGGCGAAUAUACGGAUUUCAGAAGUGUCUCCGUUCGAGGCGUACCAUUCUUCACGCCAGAGCAAAGAGUCCCUGUGGGCACUGCUAUCUUGAAACCUGAACAAGGUAUCACCGAGGACACAAUCAGCCCAGCGUUCAAGCCCAUUACGAUUCGCAGCCUGACGUUUCAGAACCGUAUAUGGGUUGCCCCAAUGUGCAUGUAUAGUUGUGAGGAUGGAAUGUUCAGCGAUUUCCAUGUCGCACAUUAUGGGCAAUGGGCGAUGCGCGGAGCUGCUUUGAUAACGAUCGAGGCGACUGCCGUGACUGAAAGAGGGAAGAAUACUCCUCAAGACGCAGGACUCUGGAAGGACGAACAGAUCGAACCACUAAGGAGAAUCGUCAAUCUGAUACAUUCUCAAUCACAGAAGGUCGGGAUUCAGCUACAGCAUGCCGGUCGAAAAAGUGGCAUCUGCCCCCCUUGGCUAGGCUUGAAACUCGUGCCAGAUGAAUUUGGGGGUAACCCGGCGAGUGUCCAGGGACCUACUGCCGAACCUUGGAAUGAAAACUACGCUACGCCGGCAGCGAUGACUGAAGAGGAGAUUCUGGAGACUAUCGAAGCAUAUGGUGCGGCUGCAAAACGUGCCAUCCAGGCUGGUGUCGAUACGAUCGCUGUCCACGGCGCGCAUGGAUACCUGAUUCACUCUUUCGCCUCUCCUGCUACAAACAAGAGGAUCGACAAGUGGGGUGGCAGUUUUGAGAACCGCACUCGUUUUGGCAUCGAGGUCGUUCGUGCUAUCCGAAAGAACAUUCCCGCCACUACUCCUUUAUUCUGGAAGAUCUCCGCAGUGGAUUGGUUGCCCAAGGGCGAAGGUUGGGAGCUCGAAGGUACUCUCAGAUAUGCCCCUAUGCUGGCAAAGGAAGGGGUAGACAUGCUUGAUGUCUCCAGUGGCGGCACCGAUCGAAGACAGCAAGUCCAGCUUGGUCAGCAAUAUCAAGUGCCCUUCGCCACGGCUGUAAGAAACCUCAAGAUUCCGGACUUCUACAUCGGCGCGGUCGGCUGGAUCAGGGACGGAGUUACUGUGCAUGAUAUUCUUAGCAAUGGCAAAGCCGAUGUCGUUCAGGUUGCACGAGAAUUCCUGCGAGAUCCCAAUUUCGUGCAAAAGGUUGCAGUCGCCACAGGGACCGAAGUGAGCUGGAUCGAUCAAUACCACAGAGCUCCCAUGACUGGGAAAUAUGUCGAAUCCACUACUACCAUUAUGACGGAUGAAAAAGCAUCCGACGACGUUACGAGGACUCACGAGAGUCAGAAAGCCAACAAGAUUAUUGCUUAGAGACUGACAGGGAUCUGUGAAUCUGUCCUCAAGGAUUUU